UCUUGUCUUUGCCGGUACCUACGUUCUGCGUUGUGGCAUGUCAAAAGGAGUGUUUCCAGCUGGGUAAUGUCUUUUCAUUCCGGGCGUGGGUGUCCCCGAGGCCGAGGAGUUACUGUCCGAGCUUCGUCGCAAACCUUUCGCCCCCAAAACUUGAGGCAGCUACAUCCUCAGCAGUCUUCAAUCCAGUAUCAGUAUGAUCAGCAACCUGCUACCACCUCCCUCUAUGCGAGCCCUCCAACUCCAAACUAUGUCCCUCCUAGGCCGGAUUUUGUCCCGUAUCCCCCACCAAUCCCCCCUUCGCCUCAAAGUUCAAUCGCCCAAUGUCCGCCCCGACCUCCUUUUUCAGGCCCUCAAAUGAGGCAGACUUUCCCACUUCCUCCUUGUUUUCCUCCAGCUCCUCCCCCUGUCCCAAAUCCUGGUAACCCUCCCGUUCUAGCCAAUGCAACUGGUCAAAACACCUUCCCAUACAUGAUGCCACCUCCAUCCCUAUCACAUCCCAUGCCUCCACCAGUAAUGACUCAACAGGUAAAUUACCAGCCCGCAUAUUCUCCAGGCUACUCCCAGCAGACCUUUUCGCCUCCUAACUAUAAUAACUACCAACACAGUGCAAACUCUUAUCAAAGCAACAGUGGUAGCACUAAUAGCAGCGGUAGCACCAGCAGUAACUUCCGGCAUCCAAGUGAAUACCUGGUGGAAAAAUCUCAGACUGACCGGAGGUCUCCGGAGAGGAGCAAAUAUUAUGAUGAACACCGCCACAGGGAACACGGACACGGACACGGGGAUCGGCAUCGGUCCACUAAUCACGGGGACCGGCGGGAUCGAGGGAGGAGCCCAGAUCGCCGGCGGGCAGAAAAUAGCCGUCACAGAUCGGAUUAUGUCAGAGGAAGAACCCCACCUCGCCAUCGGAGUUAUGAAUGGUACAGGGAACAUCAAAGGGAAAGGCACAGGCACCGGGAUAGUCGACGAUCGCCAUCUACAGAAAAGUCCUAUAGGAAAGACCACAAAAGAACAGGAAGUCGAUCUCCCAGCCAGGACCGAAAGAAACCCCGUUGGGAAGAGGACAGGGAGCGGUGGUCAGAAAAUGCCAGUCGAGAGAAGAGUUACACCUCCAUCAAGGACAAAGAGCCAGAAGAGGCUACAGGUGAAAAGAACGAGGAAGAAGAUGAGGAUCUACUGAAGCCAGUGUGGGUUCGUUGUACCCAUUCAGAAAGCUACUAUUCAAAUGAUCCCAUGGAUCAAGUGGGGGAUUCCACAGUGGUGGGUACGAGCCGGCUCAGAGAUUUGUAUGAAAAAUUUGAAGAAGAGCUAGGAAAGCGUCAAGCAAAGGCCAAAGCUGCCAGGCCUCCAUGGGAGCCCCCUAAAACUAAACUGGAUGAAGAUGUAGGGAGCUCCAGCGACUCUGAGUGCGACUCGGAAGACGACAGCUGUUCCAGCAGUUCUGACUCGGAGGUUUUUGAUGUCAUUGCUGAAAUUAAGCGGAAGAAGGCCCACCCUGAUCGCCUGCACGAGGAGCUGUGGUACAAUGAUCCUGGACAGAUGAACGAUGGGCCUCUUUGCAAAUGUAGUGCCAAAGCCAGGAGAACAGGAAUACGGCACGGAAUCUAUCCUGGAGAAGAGCCUAUUAAACCCUGCCGUCCUAUGACCAACAAUGCUGGAAGAUUGUUCCAUUACCGCAUUACAGUGUCGCCUCCUACCAACUUCUUAACAGACAGACCCACCGUCGUAGAGUAUGAUGACCACGAGUACAUUUUUGAAGGAUUUUCCAUGUUUUCCCAUGCUCCUCUCACAAAUAUUCCUCUGUGUAAAGUAAUCAGAUUUAACAUUGAUUAUACAAUUCACUUCAUUGAGGAGAUGAUGCCUGAAAACUUUUGUGUCCGAGGCCUGGAACUCUUCUCUUCUUAUCUCUUCAAAGAUAUUUUAGAACUUUACGAUUGGAAUCUGAUUGGUCCUUCAUCAGAAAACAGUGAUACUUCAUGUCCUCGGUUCCAUUUCAUGCCACGCUUCGUAAGGUUUCUUCCAGAUGGUGGGAAGGAAGUUCUCUCAAUGCAUCAGAUCCUGCUGUAUUUGUUACGCUGCAAUAAACCACUCGUGCCAGAAGAAGAGAUUGCCAAUAUGCUACAGUGGGAAGAGCUGGAGUGGCAGAAAUACGCCGAGGAAUGCAAAGGGAUGAUAGUGACCAGCUCUGGCAUGAAGCCCAGUUCUGUUCGCAUUGAUCAGUUGGAUCGUGAACAAUUCAACCCUGAUGUGAUUACUUUUCCCAUUAUUGUCCAUUUUGGAAUACGACCAGCUCAACUCAGUUAUGCUGGAGACCCACAAUGGGGUUGCUGUGCCCUGGGCUUUCUGAGGGCCCUUCUGUUCUCACAGCUCCUGCUUGAUGAGCAGGUAGCAGCCAUGGCAAGUGGGGCCUUUUUGCCCAGUUUGUUAAUCUUUAUUUCUAGUGUCCACCUGUACUAUUUGUUCCCAAGCUUGGAGGAAGGAGGAUUAGCAACAUACCGUACUGCCAUUGUUCAGAAUCAACAUCUUGCAAUGCUGGCUAAGAAACUGGAGCUGGAUCGUUUUAUGCUUUAUGCUCAUGGACCUGAUUUAUGCAGAGAGUCAGACCUGCGGCAUGCAAUGGCCAACUGCUUUGAAGCCUUGAUAGGGGCAGUUUACCUGGAGGGAAGUCUUGAAGAAGCCAAACAAUUGUUUGGACGCCUGCUCUUUAACGACAAGGACCUGCGGCAAGUAUGGCUUAAUUAUCCUCUGCACCCUCUGCAACUGCAAGAAUCUAACACUGACAGACAGCUGAUUGAGACGUCUCCUGUCCUCCAGAAAUUGACUGAGUUUGAGGAUGCUAUUGGAGUAAUUUUUACUCACGUUCGCCUCUUGGCACGGGCUUUCACUUUGAGAACAGUGGGAUUUAACCAUCUGACGCUGGGCCAUAAUCAGAGGAUGGAAUUUCUGGGUGAUUCCAUAAUGCAGUUGGUGGCCACCGAGUACUUAUUUAUACAUUUUCCUGAUCAUCACGAAGGCCACUUAACGUUGUUGCGAAGCUCUUUGGUCAACAACAGGACACAAGCCAAAGUAGCAGAAGAACUGGGCAUGCAGGAGUUUGCCAUUACUAACGAUAAGACCAAACGGCCUGUUGCACUGCGAACAAAAACAUUAGCUGAUCUUUUGGAAUCCUUUAUCGCUGCUCUGUACAUAGAUAAAGAUCUUGAAUAUGUCCACACCUUCAUGAACGUCUGCUUUUUCCCACGAUUGAAAGAAUUCAUCCUAAAUCAGGAUUGGAAUGAUCCAAAAUCUCAACUCCAGCAAUGCUGUUUAACUCUUAGAACAGAAGGGAAGGAGCCAGACAUUCCUCUGUAUAAAACACUGCAAACAGUUGGACCUUCUCAUGCUAGGACAUACACCGUGGCUGUUUAUUUCAAAGGCGAGAGAAUAGGUUGUGGGAAGGGACCAAGCAUUCAGCAAGCAGAGAUGUGUGCCGCAAUGGAUGCACUGGAAAAAUAUAAUUUUCCUCAGAUGGCCCAUCAAAAACGGUUCAUUGAACGGAAGUACCGACAAGAGCUUAAAGAAAUGAGGUGGGAACGAGAACAUCAAGAAAAAGAUCUGGAUGAAACAGAAGACAUGAGAAAAUAAGGGGGAAGGAAACUGUAGUAUGUUUGCUUCAUUUUGACCAUGGCCUAUAAAAAAAACCCAUCCUGGUUUCAUGAAACUAAAUGAAAUCAUGUUUGCUUUUGUGUGUGUUUUUUUAUUAAUACGUUUUAUCUCCAUUUUAAGAGGCAAAGCUGUAUUCGUAAAAUUUAAAAAUGAUUUUUUUUUUUGAAGAACAUAUGCUUUCUGAAGAAUUUUGUGUCCCCAGACUCGGUUUGUGAACAAUAAAAUGUUUUAUUUCAAAAAAUAUGUUCUAAAAAUAAGAAAAAUAUAGUGUUGUUCAUAUUGUUGUGUCAUAUGAAAUGAUAAGGUACUAAACAGAAUGCUAUUUUCUGCUACGUUCUGCUGGUGCCGCACUACAGUUAAGAAGAUGAACUCAAGGCACAAAUGACCAGGCUCAAAUUAUCCUAUUUCAGACACAUUAUGCAAAGACCCACUUCUUUGGAGAAAGCUCUAACACUGGGAAAAGUGGGCAGAAAGAGAAAAGUAGGAAAACUAGCAGA